GCUGAACUGAAACAAACCAUCUCCAGGAGCAGAGAUCUUUCAGAAAUCGACAGAGGAAGGAGCAAGUCUUCUGAAAUCACAUUGCUGGGUUUGUGUGUUUGACUGAGAAUCCUCCAGUUUCAAGAAUUUAAAAGCGACAACAUCAACAUGGCUCCUUAUGGAAACAUUAUGAAGGUAGAAACAAGUGGUGCUUCCUGGGAGACCGCAAAGGCUGAUGGGAAACAUUUCAACGGGGUGCCUGCAUCUCACAACAUGGCAGAGCAUGACCUUGCUGCCAUGAACAAGUACAAGGGUCUCAUAAUGAAGGUGGCAAAGAGGAAUGGAGUGGAGCCAGCUGUCAUCUGUGGCAUCAUUUCAAGAGAGUCCCGGGCUGGGAAAGGACUGGACAAGCAUGGCAGGGAGGACUAUGGCAAGGCCUUCGGGCUUAUGCAGAUUGACACUACCCCACCCCCGAGCGGUGGUGGCCACACUCCAAAGGGGGAAUGGGACAGUGAGGAGCAUCUCCAACAAGGCACUGAAAUUCUGAUUGAGUUCAUCAAAAGAAUCCAGAAGAAAUUCUGUUCAUGGACCAAGGAGCAGCAACUGAAAGGGGGAAUAGCAGCCUACAAUAAGGGAGAAGACUGUGUAAAGUCAUAUGAGGAAGUGGACGCUAAGACCACUGAAAUGGACUACUCCAAUGAUGUUGUUGCCAGAGCUCAGUGGUUCUACAGACAUGGUUAUGGUGAAAAAAAAAACGGUGGCAUUAUAGUUGCAGCUGCAGCGACAGCUGUAGUGGGAGGAGUUUGUGCUGUUGCCCUGGCACCACUAGCCCUGACAGCGAUCGGGUUUGGUGCUGGCGGGAUUGUAGCUGGAUCAACAGCAGCAAGCAUGAUGUCUGCCGCGGCCGUAGCCAAUGGAGGUGGGGUAGCAGCAGGGAGUCUUGUUGCUGUUCUACAGUCAGCAGGUGCCGUAGGGCUCUCGGGAACGGCCGCGGCGAUUGUGGGAAGUGUGGGAGGAGCCGUUGGUGGAGCAGUGGGAGGAUCUGUGGGAUGGCUGAAAAAAAAGUUUUUUUAAAUGUUCCAUAGAGGCUUUGAAGAACACCUGUCAGUACUGCAAUACACCCUCACAUUGUUGAUACUGCGUGCUUAAAGUAUUCUACUUGUCAACUGAAUAUUUAAAAUUCCAUUGCAAUUCUGCCGUUAUGAAAACUAGGUUUUCUGUAGGAAAGUCUAAAGUUCUCUGUGAGGAUUGUUCCUAAUUUAGCAGUUAAAAUGGAAUUGAAAUUGGCUCAGUGGUUCUACAGCCAUGGUUAUGGGGAAAAAAGUAAAUAACUGUUAUUAAACUUUAUAGACAUGUUGAAAAUGAUGAAUACACCAAAUAAUAAUUACAUUGUGUUGUUCAACUUCAAACAGUCUCAUCCAAGUUUCUUCUGUAGUUGAAUCUUUCAGCAACUUGUCAUUGCGCAAUAUAAUUAAAUAUUUGUCUUAUUUUCUGAACUUUGGGAUUGGAUGUGUUGUUUUAGUUGACUGUCUUGGUGGGACUAUGCCUGUUCUAUAAGUACAUUAGCAUAGCGUGGGCAGUGGUAUGCCAGCUCAGUGGUAUGCCAGUUUUACUAUGCAUAGCUCAUUUGUCCCCCUCAAGGUAAUGAUCACAAUGGAUCUCUGUAAUUCACCAUUACACAGACCUAACACCAUAGAGAUCCUAUUAUAUUCUUCAAGUAUUCUUAUUUCUAAUUCUAUGCUUAACACACCCAUUUAUCACACUGAGCUGUGGAGCUGUGAUUUAUGAAGCCAAUAGUACGUUUAGUCUAUGAGCAGCUCAGAGGUUGUUUUGGUCUUUAAUUGGAAUGUGAAGCUCUGUAAUGUUCUCUUUAGCAGCUACAGCAUGGGGCACACCCCUCUGUACAUGGGGAGAUGUUAUGAACUACACUGAAUUUAGAAAACACUGACACGGUCAGAUGGCUUAUAACAGCAGUAUUUUAUGAUGGUGGUUGUAUUAUGUUUUUAGUAUACUUAGCUAUGUGUGCUGUUUUUACAC